CCACCCUCUCCUCAGUCCUCUCCUCUCCUCUCCAGACUCCCCUCCCCCACACAAACGAAAUAUAGCAAGUUUAGCAACCAAGUUUUACUCAAAUUCAAGCAACCGCGUCAAUUCUAUCUGUUCUGUAACAAAAAAUCAACACACGCCCACACAGCCUUGCCGUGUCCAACCCGAUACACACUAGAGUUCCCUUCCCCAUUCCCACCCGGGCCACCCCAAUAUUGAUGGCCCGGCCCUGAACCACUCAACCUCUCCUCCUCUCUCUAUAUAUAAUAAACUCUUUCUUCUCACCUCCAAUAGCAUCACACACACAAACAACCCACCUCUCUGUCUCUCUCUCUCUCUCUCUCUCUCUCUCUUACCAAAUACUCCACCAAUUCCUAAUCAUGUCCAGCCCAAAACAACCCCACUUGAACGGAGCCUACUACGGCCCCUCAAUCCCGCCCCCGUCGAAAUCUUACCACCGCCCCGGGCGCGGCAGCAGCUGCAACCCCUUAAGCUGCCUCUGCGGCUGCGUCUUCAACCUGAUCUUCAAGAUCCUCUUCACGGUCCUCUUCACCGCCGGCCUCGUCAUCUUCCUCUUCUGGCUCGCCCUCCGCCCCAUCAACAGGGUCAAGUUCCACGUCACCGACGCCGCCCUCACCAAGUUCAGCCUCAACACCACCACCACCGGCAACAACCUCUACUACAACCUGGACCUCAACCUCACCAUCCGGAACCCCAACAAGCACAUCGGGAUCUACUACGACAGCGUCGAGGCGCGGGCGUUCUACGGCGGCCAGCGCUUCGCCACGAAGACGCUCCCCCGGUUCUACCAGGGGAAGAAGAACACCACGGUGUUGAACGUGGUUCUUGAGGGGCAGGAUAUCGCGGUGAAUAACGAUCUCUUAUCGGAUUACAAUUCAGAGAAGGGCUCGGGGGUUUACAGCAUCGAUGUCAAGCUUUACCUCCGGGUUAGGUUCAAGUUGCGUGAUGUCAAGACUCCGAGAUUCAAGCCGAAGAUCGAGUGCGAUCUGAAGGUGCCGUUGGAUUCGAAUAACGGGACAGCGUCCGGUACUUUUCAAACUACCAAAUGUGGAUUCGAUUGGUAGUGUUCUUUGCUGCUUCGUAUUACUAUUUUUUUUUUUAAGAGGAGGAUAUACAUCUCGAUGGUUUUUCCUUUUUCUCUGGGCGUUUGUUUGAUCUGGAGUUUUUGUUUUGGUUUUGGUUAUGUUUCUGCUCUAUAUUGGAUUAUUUCGUUGAAUUUUAGUAUUAGUAUUAUAUUUCUGCCCUUUAGUGCCGUUGCUGUGAAUAAAAUAAUGGAAGAUUAGAUUUCUUUCUUUUCA